UCCCUCAUUCUCCUCUUCGUCGCCACUUCAACUUCAACGCUUCUCUCGCGAUCGCCCAAAUCCUUCCCACAUCCUCCCUGCUCACUCGCCGCGAAUCCGGAGGCGCCCCGCGCCCCCGGCCCCCGAUGCCCGCCGCCGUCGCGGCUGCGGCGGCCGCAGCGUCUGGUGGCGCGCUUCUGCUGUACCUGCUGCUCACCUGCCGCCCGCAGGCGGCGCCGGAGUCCGAGAGGGGGAGAGAGGAGGACGAGACGUCGCCGCUGCUGUCUGGGUCCGGCGCGGCGCGGGGGAGAGGAGCGGAGAGCGGCCGCGAGGAGGAGCCGUGGCCGCACAGGGAGCCCGUGACCUGCUGCGAGGCGGCCGCGGUGGCCGCGCGCACGGCGCGGCGCACGUGGGAGCUCACUGUCGGGCGAUGGGGCGUGCACGGCCUCGCCUUCGGGAUUAAGCGCCACAUGAACCGUCAGGGUAAUUUGCAGCAUGAGUAUAGUGGAAAUGAUUGCCGUCAACUUAGAGGCCAUCAGGCACAUGCUGAAGUUUCUUCUCUCCUUGAGUACUUGAAGCUUUGCAUGUUCUUCUCAAAGAAAUCCUUUUCAGCAUUUCUGAAGUUUGGUGGGUACAAACAAGAAGACAUUCUCAUUCACAAGGCUAGGUCGAGGCUCAUGCAGCCUUCUUUCGCACUGGUGUGUGACAAAAGGACCAAGUGUUUUCUGCUUUUCAUUCGGGGUGCUAUCAGUACUAAAGAGCGGCUGACAGCAGCAACUGCUGCUGAAGUUCCUUUUCACCAUAUAAUUCUAAGUGAAGGACAGAUCAGCAAUGUAGUUUUAGGUUAUGCACACUGUGGGAUGCUUGCUGGAGCUCGUUGGAUUGCAAGACUAGCUAUUCCCCAUCUUCAUAACAAAAUACAAGAAUUUCCUGGGUACCAAAUAAAGGUCAUUGGACAUUCAAUGGGAGCUGGCAUUGGAGCAAUUCUGACAUGUAUUCUCCGUGAGCAUUAUGAGUUCUCUUCCUGCAGUUGUCUGGCAUUUGCUCCUCCUGCCUGUAUGACAUGGGAGCUGGCGGAGUCUGGCAAAGAAUUCAUCACUUCUCUUGUCAAUAGAAAUGAUGUGGUACCAUCAUUUUCAAAAGUUUCCACUGAGAGCCUGCGAUCUGAGGUAAUGGUAUCAUCAAAGCUGGAUGAUGUGCAGGGCCACUUUCACCAUGGUUUAUUUUCCAGUAUAAGUCAGCGUGUUGCCUUCUUCAGGUCCCAUAUGCUUACCAUCUCUCAUUCAACCGAGAAGAUAGCAGAUCAUGACUCUAGUAUUUCUGAGCCUUUGCUCAAAGAUUCGGCAGAUUGGAUACAGCCCCCAGUAAAUGGACACAGCAUCGACUGCAGCGGGCAACAAGUUGUUACCUCUGAAGAAAGGGUCACACUAGUUAACACUGAAGAUGUUACCUGUGUGAAGUCUGCUGUUUCAGGCUUCACAUCACAAGAAGAUUCUGAUAGCAAUGGAACAUUGGACACUCAUCAGCCAUCCACGACAACAAAUGAAGGAGAAGAAGCUCUGAAUCAGAAUGGCACCCGAAAUGAUAAACAGAAAGAACCGAUUUCUGCCAGCGGUUCGCGCCAAUUCUUCCCUCCUGGGAGGAUCAUUCACAUGGUUGCACAGCCCCCGCCGGACCCAACUCCUGGUGAGGGCACCAGCAGCAACGAGAUCAUCGGAAUUUACGAAACGCCGAGAGAUUUGUAUGGCAAAAUAAGGCUCGCGCCGAAUAUGAUUAAAGAGCAUUACAUGCCUAGUUAUAUAAGUACAAUGGAAUCGUUGUUGGAACAGCUUCAGAAGGACGAUGACAAUACUGUAUGUACUACAUCAAAUGACCUGUGAAUUAUAUUGUAACAAAACUCAGUUGUGAUUAAUCCCAUUCUUUUUCAUUA